AUGGAGGAUGCAAUCGCGCUCGCGAAACGGGAUUGUUCGGGCUUUGCUCUCCACCCUUCGCGUUCUGUCUGCUGCAAGUAUUUCUCUAGAACCGGAUACUAUUCUUUGGGGUCCCACGAACCAAAGAAGUCAGGAUUUCUCCACGAGCAAAACUUGGCAUUUCUUGCAGCCUACAAGAGUGACCAGAGACUGUUCAAACUUUGUGUCCCGAAGCACGCUUUCAAUUUCUGGGUUGCAAAUUUGGAUAGACUCCCCCUAAAUACAAGACUCGCUGCUUGGGGCCUGCAUGUAAGCCCGAGAUGUACGUUUUGCUCAGCCUCCCCCGAAUUAAGGGAUCACUUAUUCUUUCAAUGUGAGGUGUCUUCUGCGUUAGUCUCCUGGCAGGCGCUGCUGCAAUGGCUGUUGCAGGGGAAUAACUGGGCAAAUGUUCUACUCCUUAAACGACUAGUCUCUCAAGCAACAGUCUAUUUUAUCUGGAGCGAAAGAAAUAGCAGAAGGUACAAUCUCAUUUCGCUAACUCCAGACUCUCUGUUCUCAAAGAUUGACUCAACAGUUCGAGCCAUCCUAUUAGGGAGAAGGACCAGGAAAGGAUGCAGUCAUCUCCUCUCCCUGUGGUUUCGUUAUUGUAAUUAA